GUUUUCCGUAAAGCCGACAGUUUUGACUUAUGAAACAUUUAAACUCGACGAACGAUCUUAUGCAGUCUGAUUUUGACUGUACAUAAGAAAAAUCGCCAAAUCGAACAUUCCAUAGUAAGGUUAAGAUCGGUGGCCUCCGCAUCAGAAGGAAUUGCAAGGGCCUAUUUUCCUAGUACAUCACGGCGUCAUGGAACUCGUAGUUGAAACAUGAGGACAUAUCACAUCAAAGCUUUGUUGCUUCUUAUCUGUUUUCUGACUCAGACGAAGAGAGUACGGAGUGAAAAUGGGCAAUCUGCCGGUAACGCCGGCACUGAGGCAGGCUUUGGCAUGGCUAAACUCAGCGGAGGUGGAAUGAUUGCGAUCAUUGUACUUGGCAUUUUCGGUGUCGCUUUGUGUGUAAUUAUAUGUUGUGCCUCCUGGUCAAUGAUCAUGACAUGUUUUGAACUUCGUAACCGAGAAGAAACUAACGGUGGAGACUCUUUGGGAGAAACCUUUAAGAAAGUUACCUCGGAGGGAAAUUUUCUUGCUAAGUCAAGUUUUUUUCAUCAUCCUUUGGCAAGUGAGGAACAGGUGGACUCCACUGAGUCAGUAGUGUAGUUAUCUUGAUAGAACCGAUUGUAACUGGCUGUCGCGCCGGCCGGGAGGAGUUUGUG